AAAUGGUGCAGGAGUUUUCCGAGGUCGCCAUGUGUAAGCCAAACUCUUAUCUGUCUCGUCGUCUUCGAACACACUGCUCAGCCAACCUCGGAGGCCGACAAGCUGCACCUUGUCUUUUCAUUGAUAAUAUACCUCGGGCUAGCACUCAGCAAGCUGCUGACGUUCGCUUUCACCAGCAAGAUCCGGGUGGUCCGCGAGCGAGCAGGAACCUUCCCGAGGCGAGCUCCACGAGCGGAUUGUCAAGCCCUGCGCGCACAAGAUCGCGCAUAGCCGAUGUGCGGAGACUCUUGGAUCCCGCGGCAGUUGCAGAUAGGCUGCGAACACUGGCGCCUUUCACCAUUUCGUAUCUCCAUGUCUUCACUGCCUCGCCAAAUCGGUACCGCAAGGAUCUCGCGCGCAAGGCCGAGGCACUGGAACGUCGUGCAGGGGAGACGUCGGAUGGAGAAGAGGAUGUACCACCUGUUGGGAGCGAGCCAGUCGAAGGCGCCGGAGGCGGAGGACAUUCGGAGGGUAUUGCCAGUGAUCCAUUUGCGGACACGGGGCCGGCACCUGAGGAUUGGCGUGCGCAGUACCUGGGAUUCACUGUAUUCAGGCGAUCAUCACGGCAAUCAUGAUGCUUGCCUUUGUCCGAAAUCGUGCCACAAAUGUACUUGCACUCCCCCUUGGCCUUUUCUUCGGCAUCUCAGGGACCAGUUCUCGUGUGCUGAACAUGCUCAGUAAUAUCGGCCAGUAGUGCAAUAUUCGUCAUUCAAUGAUCCAUGCGACGAAUGCGGCCGUUGUUCUGUUGCCCGGGCUUGACGAAGAAGCAUUGAACCUCAAGGCGAAGCUUGCUCUCCGGGGCCAGCGAGCGAAGGCACGCCUUUCAGACAUUCGCCCAACUCAUGCUGACGAUGAACACAUGGAGAAGGCCUUCAUCAGUCUCAUUGGCGAGAUGUUGAUACGGUACACACCUGGUA